AUGGAACAACUGGUGGUUGCUGGUGCUGAGGCAACUUCUUCCUCACCCUGGGCGAGGAAGCUUCUGCUUCCCCGCCACGUGCUGCUGAAGGACACGGUCGUGUCUGCAGUCAUGCUUCCUGAUGGUCAUGAAGAUGCUGAGCUGCACAGGUUGACUCAAGAAGGAACUCUCCCACAAAGAAGAGUGGUCCACAGAGAGCUGCAGGAGAAGCCUGGACUGCCGCUCUGCAGAAAGGUUUGCUAUGCUGUUGGGGGCAUUCCCUACCAGAUGACAGGCAACGCCCUUGGGUUUUUCCUCCAAAUCUUCCUGUUGGAUGUUGUGCAGCUGGAGCCAUUCCAUGCCUCUUUGAUCAUUUUCCUUGGAAGAGCCUGGGAUGCGGUUACUGACCCUGCUGUUGGCUUCCUGGUCAGCAAAAGCCCAAGGAGAAAAUAUGGCAAGCUGGUCCCAUGGAUUGCAUGCUCCAUGCCGUUUGGGGUGCUCUGCUACUGUAUGAUGUGGUCCACCCUCUCGGAUGCCACCCCCACCUCCCUGAAAUUCCUGUGGUACCUGUUCAUGUACAGCUUCUUCCAGACUUGCAUGACUGUAAGCAACAUGGUGCCUGGGGCUGACACAUCAUCCUAUACUUGCCACCACGUGCCGUACUCUUCCCUGACAAUGUUCCUGGGAGGAACCCAGAAGGACCGUGACUCAGCCACUGCCUACAGAAUGGGGAUGGAGGUGUUCAGCACACUCCUUGGGUCAGGAAUCCAGGGGCAGAUUGUGGGCAGUUACCAUGCCCGCAUGAACGGCUGUUACGUGUCAAACGAGACCCUGCCCAACACAAGCACGUACAGCCUCGCAGACUCUCUGGAGAACACGCGUCGGGCCUAUGUAUUUGCAUCCCUGGUCCUGGGCUCAAUCUAUUGCCUGUCCUGUCUGAUUCUCAUCUUUGGAGUUAAGGAGCAGCCUGGGCCCCUCAGCCCCCUGGGGAAGGUUGAGCUGCCCUUUGCCAGCUGCCUGAGGAUGAUCGUGGGACACAAGCCCUACAUCCAGCUGCUGUGUGGCUUCCUCUUUGCAUCCCUGGCCUUCCAGAUCACACAGGGGAUCUUUGCCUUCUUCUGUACUCAUGCCGCGGGGCUGGCCGGGAAGUUUCAGCAUUUAGUGCUUAUCAUGUUGAUCACAGCUUCCCUUUCUAUUCCCUUUUGGCAGUGGUUUUUGGGGAGAUUUGGAAAGAAAACAGCAGUGUCACUGGGCCUGGUGCUGAUCAUCCCAGCCCUGGUAGCUGUCACCCUGGUUAUGCACAACUUCCUGGCCUUCGUCUUCCUGGUGAUCAUGGCAGGCUGCAGCAUGGCUGUGCUCUAUCUUUUACCGUGGUCUAUGCUGCCAGAUACGGUUGAUGACUUCAUGCUGAGGAACCCCAGCUGCCUCAACCUGGAGGCUCUCUUCUACUCGUUUUACGUCUUCUUCAACAAGUUUGCAGGUGGCCUUGCUGUGGGGAUAUCGACACUGAGUUUACAUUUUGCAGGUUACCAUGCUGGAGGCUGCACAUACAACCCCUCCGUCAUCCUCACCCUGCAGCUUCUCAUGGCCCCAGUCCCAAUAAGCCUGCUGCUCAUUGCUGUAAUCAUCUUCUGCCUCCAUCCCAUCAAUGAGGAGAGGAGGAAGCAGAUGAGAGUGGAGAUGGAGGCAAUGGGGCAUCAGGUACAGUGCGGACACCAAGAAUAA